AUGGAAGUUCCUGCUGCAUUUACUAGAUUACGUUGUAAUACAGAUCUAAAUUUACCACCCUCUAAUUGGUUGUGUAAUAGUGCUGAAACUUAUGGUCUUCGUCCAUUUUCUUUUUCUCAUCGAUCAGGAUUUUCAAGUUUUCGAAUGGCUCACAUGUUUCCAGAUUGUGUUGGAGAAGUAGAUGUUGUUUCCGAUGCUGAAAAUGUCAAAAAACUUCUCAAAAUCCCAUAUAGCCAUGGCUCUGUGAGUAUGAUGAUUCACAGAAUAGAAAACACUCUUCUUAUCGAUGAAUUUGACAUUCACAAAUAUCUAUUGAGAGAAGCUGAAUGUCAAUGGGAGUGGUUCAAAAAAUUUUUUUUCGAAAAUAUUAUGCAAUCAAAUAAUUCUAAAGAUAAAUUAAUCUGUCAUAGGGAUAAUAGUCGUAAUGCAUUGCAACAAAAGAGUUUAGUAUCUAAGUUUCUCUAUCAUAGUUUAGUAACAGCAGAUUCAAGUGAACAAUCUGUGGAAAAACAGAGUAAAACAUCUGAAAAUGUAAAUCCUUCAACUCCUCUAUCACUAACAUGCAAAAACGAUCCUCCAUUACCGGACCCAUCUUAUGAAGAAGAGUCUCCUGAACCAAAGUCUAAUCAUAAAUUUGCUAGAAAUGUUGUAUGGACUUUUGAAGAUAUACAAAUGUUAUUAGGUACGGAUAUGCCAAUUUUCGGUGGUGGAACUCAUCCGUGUAUUAGUUUACGUUUACGCGAUAUGACUAAACCAAUUAAUGUUCUUACCGGUAUGGAUUAUUGGCUGGAUAACUUAAUGUGCAAUGUACCUGAAGUCAUUAUGUGUUAUCAUUUAAAUGGCAUCGUUCAAAAAUAUGAACUCAUUAAAACUGAAGAUUUGCCUAAUUUGGAGAAUUCAAAAUUUUCCCCUAAAGUUAUCAAAGAUAUUGCUCAAAACAUAUUAUCAUUUCUCAAAGCUAAUGCUACAAAAGCCGGCCACACAUACUGGUUAUUCAAAGGAAAAGAUGACGACGUAGUAAAAUUGUAUGAUUUGACAUCUUUAUGCACCGAUGUUGUCGACGAAAAAGGACAAACUCCUUUUACCGUUCCAGUAGCAAUGUUACUGUACCGGGUUGCAAGAAAUAUGAAAAAUUCGUCGGAUGGUCAGAGGCAAGCAGCUACUAUAAGAAUGCUAUUAAAAAAUUGCAUAUCCCUUAUCUCACCGGAAAAGUAUCCAGAAAUAGUAACAUCAGCUCAUUACAUGCUAGCUGAUCUUUACAUACCGGCAGAUGUUAAUCCAGUGUCUCCAGAGUUAUUUUCAAAUGAGGAAAAUGUUGACGAAAAGGCCAAAGACAAUGUUCGACGCAUGAAUGACACGAUGAAAGAAGACGUUGCUAUAAAAUCUAUGAGCCUAGCAAAUAUUUGCGAAAUACACAUGGACGAAACUGAAUUUAUUUCUCCAGCUCCUCCUUUAGGAUUAGAUCUUGAGGGAAGAUGCGUUGAUGGAAUCAGAAACGUUCUUCUAGGUUUAAACGCUCUAAAAUUUUUAAAUGAGAAAAAAGAUGAUAAUGCCAAAAAUGAUGAUGAACCGAACAUGGCAAAACCUUUUCAAACGAUUCCAAUGCCUUAUCAGCUUUGGAUAAUGAAGUCGAAGAUGAUGAUGUACCCGGAGGAAUCAUCGAAGACUUUACUUUGCAAACCGAAAUCGGAAACCUAUCCUACCUGGCAUCCUCCAAUCACCAAAAGCUCUUCAUCCUGGAAAAUUUAUUUAAAAACUUUACUAUAUGAAAAAAUUUCUCUAAUAUAUGCCACACUAAUGGAAAAAGCUUAUUCUGAUAAAAAAUUCGGUCUCGCUUUGCUUUAUAUUAAAUUGGUAUUGACGGCUAGAAAUAUAUUGAAGUCUUUAACAGUUGAAAUAUACAACGCGGACGUGGAAAGUUACUUACUGGGGCGUGCUGGAGAUUCUUUAUUUAUGGUCGUGCAAAAUUUCCAGAAAAAUAAAUCCUACGACGAAGAAUAUAUGACAUUUUCAGAUUUCGUCGAAGAAACACUGAAGGAAUUUCAAUGUGAAAAAUGCGAUGAUUCCUUCGAAAAAAAUUUCCCUCAAAAUUUAAAUAAUUUGGAAGAUUUAUUAAUUUCCAGCAGUUGUUGUUAUCGUGCAGCUUUAGAUUUGAAAGCGACCGUCGACGAAGAAAAUCUAUUGAGAAGAUUGGGAAACAUAGAAAACGAAUUGGGAGUUUUUUACAUGAAUCAAGCUGCUGCAAAAUAUCAAGAAGAAAUUAAUUCUAACGAGAAAGAAAUUCAGUGUCGGGCAUUCGAAGAAUUAUUUUCCAAAUCUCAAAAACAUUUGGAAAAUGGAAUCAAAGCUUUCGACAGCGUGAAAGACGAAGCCAAUUUGGCUUUGCUAUAUUCUAACACGGGUCGUCUCAUGAGAGUUCAAGCACAUUUUUUUUCAAUGACGGAAGUCGAAGGAAAACUCACGACUCAGGAAAAAAGCUUUUAUAAAAAAUCAAUAUUUAAUUAUCAGAAAGCUUUGCAAAUAUUGGGUGAUAGAAAAUACAAUCCUCCGGUUUGGGAUUCCGUUCACUGGGAAUUGUCUACGGCUCUUUUUGCCAUGGCCACACUCAUUCAAGAUUAUCCGUGCCUUAAAAACAAGGAAGAGACCGAAAGAGAAAUCAUCGAGACUUUACACAAAGCAUUAAAAUACUGCGACGUGGACACUCCAGGUUCCAGGCAACCCGUGUAUCAGUAUAGAAGUGCGAUGAUACAUCAUCGAUUAGCUUCUCUUUAUCAUAAAAGUUAUAGGACGUCGUUGGAGGACGAAGUUAAAAAGAAAAAAAUUUAUCAACUUUGCAAACUUCAUUAUCAGAAAUCGACGAAAUUGUUGCUUCAGUUAGAAAAUUCAUCCGAGUAUUUAAGAGUACAAUUAGAAAAAGUGGCACUAGCCGAAUUCCAGGCGGAAAGUAAUGUAAGUUUAAAAGUAAAAUAUUUCGAAAACGCAUUGGAAUUAUUAUUGGAGGCUUCGUCCAUGUUGAAAAUAAUAUCGGAAAGAAAUGUUAAAUUUUACGAUUCGGAAGAAGAGGAAAAUGUGGAAAAUUCGAAAGAAGAAGACAGGAACAACAAGAAAACUUCGGAAGAAUCGGAAAACGAAUUAGUUUUACUUAAUUUUUUCGAACAAAGAUUACAAUACAUUCUAUUAUCAUUAACGAAAUUAAUUAAAAAUCGAACGGAUUUAAAAAAAGGGUAA